AGGCGGAAGAACCUCUCGGCUCUACGCUCGGGAAUCCCGGGACCGCUGAGGGGCCGCCCGGGGUGCAGGAAAGGGCCGCCGGGUCUGACUGGCAGCACUCGGAGUGUCAGGGCCGCGGACCUGAGGGAUGAGGAGGGGCCAUGGCCAGCGACGGGGCCAGGAAGCAGUUCUGGAAGCGCAGCAACAGCAAGGUCCCUGGCAGCAUCCGGCACGUGUACGGUGCCCAGCACCCCCCCUUUGACCCCCUGCUCCACGGCACUGUGCUCAAGGCCGCGCCCAAGGUGCCCACCACACCGCUGAAGGCCAAGAGAGUCAGCACCUUCCAGGAGUUUGAGAGCAACACCAGCGAUGCCUGGGAUGCUGGCGAGGACGAGGACGAGCUCCUGGCACUGGCGGCGGGGAGCCUGGGCGCCCUGGGGCCCGAGCCCCGGCCCCAGCCUUCCACGGAGCCUCCCCCAGCCUCGAGUGGUGACCUCCGGCUGGUGAAGUCCGUCAGCGAGAGCCACACAUCCUGCCCCGCAGGAAGCGCCAGCGACACUGUCCCUCUGCAGCGGUCCCAGUCCCUUCCCUACUCGGCCAGCGGCACGCUGGGAGGGGCGGCCGAGCCCGGCACCUGCAGCGGCGGUGGUGCAGCCUUGAGUGAGAGAGAGGCGUCGCGGCUGGACAAGUUCAGGCAGCUCCUGGCCGGGCCCCACACAGACCUCGAAGAAUUGCGGAGGUUGAGCUGGUCCGGAAUCCCGAAGCCGGUGCGCCCCAUCACGUGGAAGCUGCUCUCAGGUUACCUUCCUGCCAACGUUGACCGAAGACCAGCCACUCUCCAAAGAAAACAGAAAGAGUAUUUUGCCUUUAUUGAUCACUAUUACGACUCUCGGAAUGACGAAGUUCACCAGGACACCUACAGACAGAUCCACAUAGACAUCCCUCGAAUGAGCCCCGAAGCGUUGAUCCUUCAGCCCAAAGUGACGGAGAUUUUUGAAAGGAUCCUGUUUAUAUGGGCCAUCCGUCACCCUGCCAGUGGAUAUGUUCAGGGCAUCAACGACCUUGUCACCCCUUUCUUCGUGGUCUUCAUCUGCGAAUACAUAGACGGCGAGGAUGUGGCCGCUGCCGACGUGUCCCGCGUGCCCGUGGACGUGCUGCGCAACGUGGAGGCUGACACGUACUGGUGCAUGAGCAAGCUGCUGGACGGCAUCCAGGACAACUACACCUUUGCCCAACCUGGGAUUCAGAUGAAAGUGAAGAUGUUGGAGGAGCUCGUGAGCCGGAUUGAUGAGCAAGUCCACCGGCACCUGGACCAGCACGAGGUCAGGUACCUGCAGUUUGCCUUCCGCUGGAUGAACAACCUGCUGAUGAGGGAGCUGCCCCUGAGCUGCACCGUCCGCCUGUGGGACACCUACCAGUCGGAACCCGAGGGCUUCGCGCAUUUCCACUUGUACGUCUGCGCUGCUUUCCUCGUGAGAUGGAGGAAGGAAAUUCUGGAAGAAAGAGAUUUUCAAGAGCUGCUACUCUUCCUCCAGAACCUGCCCACGGCCCACUGGGGCGACGAGGACAUCAGCCUGCUGCUGGCCGAGGCCUACCGCCUCAAGCGGGUGUCUGUGACCGCCGUCACUUUAGCUUUGCUGUGUACUUGCUUUCUCGGUUUGCCCUUGUCUCGGAAGCCUCGGGCGAGGGCCUGGGAGGCUCUGACGAGCAGGCGGGGCAGGGCGAGGCCGCUGGAAGUUGCCUUACUUUAUAUCCACCACCUCCGCAAAGAGAGAGCUGGCCGCACGGCGGGAGCUGUCCUGCGGGAGGUGCGGGGCGUCGGGCUCGGCUGGGCCCCCUGGACGGGACGGUCUGGCCGCAGAGCCGUGAAGGGCUCCUCCACGUCCACUACCACUGCGGGGCCAGGAGAGGACCCGGCAUCUCGGGGCGGCCCUUUCUGCGUCUCGGGGGCCUGA